GCUGCAAUGCACGGCAGCUGCGGCCGGCACGCACAGACCGCGAAAAGAAAACCAGCAGAACCAAAGCAAGCGCUAAGCAGAGGCCACAGCAUGGCGAUCACGGCCUCGUCAUUUCUGUCCCCGGCCAAGUUGGCGCUCCAGAGCCGGUCCCGGGGCGCCAAAACGGCGCGAGGCCGCGUCAGGUUCCCUCCGGCGCGCGCCCAGCAGCAGCAAGAGCAACAGGUGAAAGAGGUGGAGGCCGAGGCCGAGGCGGCAAGCGUCCCGCCGGCGCAGGCGAAGGGGGACGCGCAGUCGCUGCCGCGGCAGCCGCUGGCGGAGAGCAAGAACCUGAGCCGGGAGUACGGCGGGCAGUGGUUGAGCAGCACGACGCGGCACAUCCGCAUCUACGCGGCGUACAUCGACCCGGAGACCAAUGCUUUCGACCAGACGCAGAUGGACAAGCUCACGCUCAUCCUCGACCCCCAGGACGAGUUCGUCUGGACCGACGAGACCUGCCAGAUGGUCUACAACGAGUUCCAGGACCUUGUCGACCACUACGAGGGGGCUCCGCUAUCAGAGUACACACUUCGGUUGAUUGGAUCUGAUCUUGAGCACUACAUCCGCAAGCUGCUCUACGAUGGGGUCAUCAAGUACAACAUGAGGACCCAAACCCUCAAUUUCAGCAUGGGCAAGCCUCGUGUCAAGUUCAACAGUAGCCAGAUCCCCGAUGCAAAAUAGAAUGUAUGCAGCACCAAAAGAGGAUGAUCUCUCCAUUCAAAAGCUGAGCGAUAUGUAUAUUUUGCUGUUCCAGAACAUAACUCAUGGGCCAGAGCAUUCCAGAAUUUAGAUUACACACAUGCAGAGUCAUACAUCCUCUGUUGACAA